GAUCAGUUCUUGUGCUCCCGUGAGUGGCAAUAGCACCUGUGCACGAUUGUGAUUGCGGGGGAGGAAAAUGAUAUAAAAAAAAAUCGAAAAGAAAUUUUCUUUUUUUUUUUAAGCUAAUUGGUGAUAAUUAAUUUGAAGUUUUAAAUUAAGCAAAAAAAAUAUGCCUCACGUGUGGUGGUUAGUGAUCUCGGUGUUGGGAAUUAAUUUUGUGACAUGCAAUCCCACAACAAUUCGCCCACAUGCCCUGAGGAAUGGGAAGUACGCAAGUAGUGCACCUCUACCACCGAUCUACAACACGCUGACUGAUGUGGAAAAGUAUCCACCGAGUGAAUAUACGGAACAAAUUUUCCUACCGAUCGCCGCAAAGAAUUAUCAUCCGCAGAAGACGCACGAGACGCUAAGUCGGCAACCUGGCCAGGAGUUUGAUGUUCUCAAUUUUAAUGCUUAUACAAUGCGUCCACCACCGGCUACGAAGCAACCUCUGAGGGAACAUGAGGAGUCCCAGGAGGAAGAAUCUGAAGAGAAUUCCAGGGAAUCCCUCCCAUUGUCAUCACCACCGAAAGAUUUCCCUGAACCAAGCUAUGUGACCUUCUAUGGGAAGAUCCUGCCACGGGUGCAGCAGCAGAGAGUUCCAGUGGAGACUCCACGGACCACAGUACCCCCCAGGAAGCCACUAAAGGCUCCUCAUGCACCUCGUGCUAAACUCAGACGUUCUAUGAAGAACCAUUUGGGCAAUUUGGGAGCAGCACAACCCAAUUUAGACUACUACCAGUACCCAACACCUGCUCCGAGGUACCACGAAGAACUGAGAGCUACCAAACAACCCAAAUACUUUGGGGAUGUGGAAUUUUUCCAACCAACCGUGGGGAGAGCAAUGGACGUUGAUAGGGCACGUCUUGUUAAAUUCGAAGACACCACGGAGAAGAGUCAAAAGCACUCAUCUUCCCCCGUGCUUGAAGGUGAACGAGAGCUUGAGAAGAAAAUCCUCUAUGAUGACAUUUUCUACCACCCAGAGAGUACGAAGAAGUACAAAAGGAAAACCCAAAAGUUGGCUCCCUAUCAGCAAGCUCUAGCCAAGCCAACGGAUGGGGAAUUUUCCUUUAUUGUCUUCACCGGAGACGACAAAGUAGCACCCCGAAGUGCAAAGCUCCGAAAUGGGGUGAAAGCUUCCAAAGGAUUGAAGAAUUUCCCUGGGAAAAAGCGUGAACGUGGGAUCAUUACCAACACAACAAAGGUCUAUUACAACUUUGAGCAUUCCCACAAACCAAAUAAGAAGAAGGAGCGCAAUCCUGAAGCUCUAGCUUCGGAUACGUACGAGACAACUCUGCCAAAUCCGGAAGUUUCCGAUGCAACGGAAAAGUAUUCAUCAAAGUAUCGAACACCUGAUUGGGAAAGUCAGCGUAGUGUGAAGCCCAUUGGGCAGGUGAAACCACCCUUUCUUCCCACAGUCCUCACACCUCUGGUGAGGAUUGAAAGACCAUCAACGGACGAACAUGGGGAUCUAAAGGGAGCCAACAGUGAUCAAAAGUCGGAAAAGCAGAAAAAUCCAAGAAAAAAUCCCCAUCCUGAUGAUGUUCAGCAGUACUUUCAGUACGCUGGGGUGACAAGGAAGGUGGCUUUGGGGAGCAUGUCUGGGAUUUGAACCACCAUAAGCCUGAAUCCACCGCGGGAUCUGCCUAAGGAGAGCCAAGAAGAGUGAUUAGAAUGUAUUUUAGGGAUCAUUUUAUUACAAUGAAAAAAAUAUUAGAAUUUAGGGACAAUUAAAAGAAUUUAAUGAGAAA